AUGGCUCGUUCAGUCCAUUUGGUUUCCACUAUCUUUGUCUUUCUUCUUCUUCUUCUUGUGGCCAUCGAGAUGGGGCCAAUUAUGGUGGCAGAGGCAAGGAUAUGUGAGUCACCAAGUCAUGCCUUCAAAGGAGUAUGCAUGAGUGACACAAAUUGUGCUAGUGUGUGCCUAACUGAGGGUUUCUCUGGAGGACACUGUGUAGGCCUCCGUCGUAGGUGUUUUUGCACUAAACCUUGUUAAAAGUUAU